AGUUAUCUACCUUCUUCAAAUAUACCCAGUUGACUACAGUGCAAAAUUACUUUUUACUGUUGCAACAGGUUCCUCUUCUCCUUUUGGUGGUGCCCAGUUGCCAUUUGCUCAUAGGAGCCGUGCUUUGCAAUGUCUUCUUCAUAUUGCAGGCAGUGAGACGAUAGCAAGGAUCAGUCAGCAAUCUAUUGAGGAAGUCAAGUGUUACCUGAAGUAUUGCAUUUAUUUGGCUGAAUUUGAAAUCUUGAACAUACCAUACACCAUUGAAUCAUUCCACAGCAGUCCCAAGGAAGGCAUGAUUAAAGGCUUAUGGAAGAACCACAACCAUGAGCCUAGGGCUGUUAGAUUAGUUACUGAAUUGAGUUUGGAGUACAGGGUGUACGACCUGCAACUAUGGAAUGGUAUACUGCAGAAACUGCUUGCUUUUAACAUGAUCAACUACUUGAGGAAAGUUCUGAUAGCAAUCACUGCAAUACUCCCUUUGUGGCAGAUUCCAAAUUUUACCAGAGCAUGGCGUGGUGUGAUUCUUGCACCAUUUCUUUCAGCUUCAUGUCCUCUGAGCCCAAAGCAGUUGGAGACUUGUUAUGAAUCAUUUGUGCUCUUGAUCAAGUGUCCUAUUCUACUUGACCUUGACCUUAUUGGCAUUGCAAAGCAAUAUGUACAGCUGGAGUUGUUGCCCUUUGCUCUGGGUUGUCUGCUGCUUAUUCCUUAUUCUGAGAAAAGGGAACAGCAAAUACAGGGAUUUCUUUUAUCGGCUGAUCCUGUUACCCUUUUGCAACAAGUUAUCGAUCACAUGACAACGGGAGAGGUGGCAGGGUAUGCAUCCAAGAUUAAAGAGUUGGCAUUGGAAAGAAUUACAGACAAAAAACAGUACAAGAAGCUUAUUGGGACAAAGUUAUUUCCUUUACUGAAGCAACACAUGAUUGACAACAAACAAGUGGAAGAAUUAGCACAUUACCUUAUAGAUAGGAACUGAUUGCGAUUUUGAAGUGUUUAGGUUGGUGUUGAAGACCUCUGCAGGUCAACAAAAGUCCUAGAGUAUACAGCAGUUGUUGCCACCACAAUCCUCGAUGGUGUACCAC